CCUGUGGGAGUGGAGAGCAAAGUGACCCCUACUGUUAGAGCAGCGGCCUGAUAUCAUUACAGUAGAGCCGACUAUUUCUCUUACAGGACAUGGGAGGCACAGAAAGCACGGGCAGGAAAGUAUCAUAUGGGCUGAACGAAGAGGACAACGUUACUGUUUUGCAAGGAAUUAAGUUGUCUGAAGAUGUUCGUCAAAGGAUGCGUGAGGCGAAUCAGUCUUCUGAAACACCUCGGCCCCCAAAACCAGAGAGUCGGAAGCCUGACGCAGCUGCAGGUGGACAUUCUUCAGCUGAGAUGCCAGAGGAGCUAAGAAAACGGUUCGAGCUGGAGCAGGCUCUGCUGAGGGAGGAGUUGGCACGUAUCACCCGCAGAGAGAAAGAGUCUGUGGGAGAGGAUGUGAACCCUGUUGUACUCCAAGAAAGAGCCAGAACCAAAGAGGAGCAGAAGAACGUGCAGAACUUGCAGCCAGCUGAGCUGAACGCUUGGGCCAAACAGCUAGCGAGGAAAGACGCUGAACUAAAGCAUCUGGCUGCAUUCUACAAAGAGCAACUACAGCUCUUGGAGAACAAGAAUAAAGACUACUACCAGCAGUCAGCCCAGAUGUACAACGAGGCAGCUGCUAAAGCUAGCAGCAACAUCAAACCGAAGAAUACAAUUCCCAUUUGUUCAGAGAUGCAAUCUCAGGUGCUGAACUGCUUUAAGGAGAACAGACAUCAGACACUGCACUGCUCCAGCCUGGCAAAGGAAUAUAUGAACUGCAUUAACUCUGCCAAGAAGAACAUAAUGGUCAACCACGGAUCGUGAAGAGGAACGCUAUGAAGACGGCGUGCAUGAGGAAGAGGAAGUGGAAGAGGAAGAAGAGGAGAGCGGGAAAAAAAAAAAAGGAUAACUUGCAUAACUCGCCACUCGAAUCCAACAGUAUAGUUUUUAACGUGCACGUAUGAGAGUAAGAGUGUGCAUUCCUUCAAACAAUUCCUUUGUAUAUCAAUAUAUGUUAAAAGAAAUGUGUGCGCGUGUGACAGAAUUCCCUCUCUCGUUGUGGAACGUGUGUGUGUGUGUACACGUGUUUGCAGAGAUUUUGAUUUUGCUAUAUUUGAUAUAGUUGUCUUGACAGUGGCAUAUCUCACACAAUAAAACAUCUGCCCCACCAAUCA